AAAAGGGUAGAGAGAGAGAUGAGAAGUCAAAGAAGCUGAACCAAUUAAAUUUAGGUGGGGCCCCCAAGCAGCGUCCCCUCUCAUGUUAUUUAGUGUUCGGAUUUCGGACAAUUCCACGAAAGCUCCGGUCGCCGGUCGGAGGGCAAGCCAGAGAGAACCAGAGAGAGAGUGGAUUAUCGGAGAGCUGGUUGGGGUGGGUAUGAUCCUGUGUUGCCGGUGGUGUAGCAGAGGCUGAAAUCAGAGGGAUUUGUGAUGGUGGGGUCCGGAGACGAUGAUGGUGCCAUGGACGAUGCGAGCGUCGACGCGCCUGUUUCUUCCGUCACCUGCUCGAUUUGCCUUGAUUUGGUGUUCGAUAAUGGCGAAAGAUCCUGGGCUAAGCUCCGAUGUGGCCAUCAAUUCCAUCUCGAUUGCAUUGGUUCAGCAUUCAAUAUGAAGGGAGAGAUGCAAUGUCCUAAUUGCAGGAUGGUUGAGAAAGGACAGUGGUUAUAUGCGAAUGGUUCUACUCGUACAUUUCCCGAAUUUAGCCUGGAGGACUGGAUUCCGGAUGAAGAUUCUCAUGAUUUAAGUUAUUCAGAAAUGCCAUUUAGAGUUCAGUGGUGCCCAUUCAGUGGAUUCACAAGAGUUCAUUCAGUUUUUGAGGAAGUGGAAUCUCCAUCAACAACAUACCGUGACCUUCAGGGACAACAUCCCAUAUUUACUGAACAUGCAGCUGCUUCAUCUGUGGCUCAUUCUUAUGUUGCAUAUUUUGGACCUAUUAAUGCCAGCGAAAAUUUUGAUGAUUCCAACUUCGGUCAUCACCGGAAUGGCCCGCCUGUGCACAGUGAAAUCUUUGCUCCCCAUGCCUUUCGUGCCAUUGAUAUCCAAUAUCAAACAUGGGGUCAUCAUUCUCCUCCCCUCUCACCAACCAGCAAUCAUAUGAACGGUACAGAUGGGGCUUCAGUUCUACAUGGGAGCCUAAGGGCUGAAUCAGAUGCUAUGCCAAGACCAGGAGCUUUUGUUCAUCCAUUUCACUUUGGUCAUGGUAGGUCUGGUCCUAGAGCUGGAAGCCCUUUUGUCUCCUCAAUUCCAACACAUCAUGCUAGCGGCUCUUUGACCCACGAAAGGAUCCAGGUUCCUCAUGCCUUCCAUCAUCAGCAGCAAUCUGGCAACCCUCCUGUGAUGCACCCCCCCAUGGUUCCUGGUGUCAGGAGAUUCAAUGGCCCAAGGGGCUUGCCUCCCAUAAUGCCUGCACCCUUACAAUCUGAACACAAUGUUGGCUUCUACGUAUAUCCUCCUUCUGGUUCAUCAGGCAGGAACCUGCAUGAAGCUGAAACUCCACUGCCGAAUCAUCUUCAUGCUUGGGAGCGAGAUCAUUUGCCCCAUUUUCCAGUCACCUCACUCGACAGAGAUUCAGGUUGGAUGCCAUUUCAUCAGGCUACUGAUGGUUCUGAUUCCAGCAGCAGGUCUAGCAGCUUUCGCCAUAGGCGUUGAUGUUCAGGGGGUUCCCAUUAAAAGGUCGGUUGCAGAUUAUAAGCCAAGUCAUCUUGCUCGGGAAAUUUCGUAUGAUUCCUCUGCACUGACUUUCUGUGAACAAAUUGAACAUGGGAAUUGAAAAAAUUUUCCAUUCUGUAAAUUUUGACAAACCAUCCUAUUUGGCUCCUGGAGGUGAGAACAAUCUUGCACUAGUCGUGCAGCUGUGCAUUAACGUUGGUUUCUCCUGAAAUAUUUUUGUUGGUAGGUGGUAUAAAACGGUAUUAUGAUCUUAGCUUGAA